GCAUCACUUUUCAAGUUUCCUUCAAAUUCUUCUUCUAAAUGCUUCGUUAAUCAAAGGCCAAGUGUUCCUGCUUCUUUCUCUCAUCACCGUCUUUCGAAAACCCUACUCUCUCUCUGUCUCUCUCCAGAAGCUGCUCGCAAGGAUCGAGCAGUUUCGAAUUCCAUUCAGGAUGAAUUUCAGAAAGCUCAAUUUGGCGCCUUGAUUCUCACAACCAUGUGGUUUUCCUUCUGGAGAUCCAGAGAUCGUUUUUCCUUGGAUCAACUCAGGUACUUAACCGAUCAAUUGACAAAAGUUCAAAUAGUUAACGAGGUUAAUAAGGAUUUUGUUAUUGAGGCAUUGAGAUCAAUUGCGGAGUUGAUAACGUAUGGUGACCAACAUGACCCGAGCUUUUUUGAAUUCUUCAUGGAAAAGCAAGUUGUGGGAGAGUUUGUACGUAUUCUUAAACUUAGCAGAACUGUUAGCAUUCCACUUCAGUUGCUACAAACAGUGAGCAUUAUGAUCCAGAACCUAAGAAAUGAACAUGCUAUAUACUAUAUGUUUAGUAAUGAACAUAUGAACUACCUAAUUACAUAUUCAUUCGAUUUUCGCAAUGAGGAGCUAUUGUCAUACUACAUAUCCUUUUUAAGAGCAAUAAGUGGAAAAUUGAACAAAAGUACAAUUUCUCUGCUUGUGAAGACUCACAAUGAUGAAGUAGUUUCAUUUCCGUUGUAUGUUGAGGCAAUACGCUUUGCCUUUCAUGAGGAGAACAUGGUUCGCACAGCUGUACGCACUGUGACCCUUAAUGUAUAUCAUGUUGGGGACGAAUAUGUUAAUAGAUAUAUAGCCAGCGCACCUCGCACCGAUUACUUCUCAAACCUGGUUUCCUUUUUCAGGAAGCAGUGUAUGGAUUUAAAUAGAUUGGUCUCUGAGACAUUGAAAAAUCCAGGCCAAGAUUCUACCUCUGCAAUUAUUGCUGCUGUAGAUGAAAUUGAGGAUAACCUGUAUUACUUUAGUGAUGUUAUCUCUGCUGGAAUUCCUGAUGUUGGGAGGCUAAUAACGGACAGCAUUCUGAUGGUUCUGGUUUUUCCAAUACUUCUGCCUUCCCUGAGGAUAGUGGAUGUUAAUGACAUGCAAAGUGGUGUUGUCACUUCUCUCUACUUACUUUGUUGCAUCUUAAGGAUAGUCAAGAUCAAAGAUUUGGCAAAUACCAUAGUCGCUGCUCUUUUUUGUCCCUUAGAGGCCUUUACAAAAUAUUCUAGGGGUAUAGUCAAUGGUUAUGUAUCUGAUCGUGGUUUUACAUCCAAAAGAGAAGAUCCAGAUGAUGGUAAUCUAGCCAAGUCCAAUGCAGAAUGCUUGACGGUGAAUGUGCCACACUCUUCUAGUUUUUCAGGUUUUCACCCAGAAAGCAGUACCUUAGAAGAUAGUUGUAGCAAUUCAAAUUUGGCUUUAAGGGAGGUUUUGCUUGCUUAUGUUACUAAAGGGGAUGAUGUACAAGUUUUGGGUUCUCUGAGUGUGCUUGCCACUCUGCUGCAAACGAAAGAACUUGAUGAAUCAAUGCUGGAUGGGCUUGGAAUUCUUCCACAACGCAAACAGCACAAGAAACAGUUAUUGCAAGCAUUGGUUGGUGAGGCUUCAGGGGAAGAGCGACUUUUUUCUUCUGAAAAUAGCUUGAUGAGGGAUGGCAUUGGUUGUGAGCUCGAGGUCUAUCUUGAAAAGAUCAAGGACCAGUAUGGAUUAUCUUUUCUGUCUUCUGAUGUUGUAACAAGCCCUCGUGUUCCUAGAUUUCAGGUGCUCGAUGCAUUAGUGAGCCUGUUUUGCCGUUCUAAUAUAUCUGCAGAGACACUGUGGGGUGGUGGUUGGCUUUUACGCCAGUUGCUUCCUUAUAGCGAGGCAGAAUUCAACAGCCAUCACCUGGAAUUGCUGAAAACUUCAUACAAGAAUUCUGCUUCUGCUCUUGUAAAGGAGGUUAGAGGUUUCUGGCCUGAUCUUCUUAUUACUGUUCUUUGUAAUGAGUGGAGAAAGUGCAAAAGAGCAAUGGAGUCAUCUUCCCCUCCAAAAGAACCAAAGUGCAUAUUUUUUCCAUCUCAGGUCUACUUUUCCGAAGAAGAUAUAGCCGAGGGAUCAUCAUUUGCUGCUGGGGAAAGAGUGCACGAGUUGGUGAUGGUAUUUGUUCUGCUGCAUCAACUUCAAAUAUUCACUUUAGGUAGAGCUUUGCCUGAGCAACCUCUUAUUUAUCCACCUGGUAAUCUCCCGGCAAAUUCUCGUGCCCAGACUUCUGGACUUGAUGUGUCAGGCCCAAAACUUGGCACUGAAGUCAGCCUUGUUAAUGCUAUACCUUGUAGAAUUGCUUUCGAGAGGGGCAAAGAGCGACAUUUUUGUUUUCUAGCAAUCUCUAUAGGAACAUCUGGCUGGCUUGUGCUUGCUGAAGAGCUGCCGCUGAAGAAGCCAUAUGGAGUUGUUCGGGUGGCUGCACCUUUGGCUGGGUGCAAUCCCAGGAUUGAUGAGAAACAUUCAAGAUGGCUGCACCUGCGGAUCCGACCAUCCUCCUUACCUAUUCUGGAUCCUGCCAAAUUCAAUGCCAUUGGGAAAUUAAAGACCAGAGCUUUUGUGGAUGGAAGGUGGACGUUGGCAUUCAGGGAUGAAGAGUCUUGCAAAUCUGCUUUGUCUAUGGUUCUUGAAGAGAUUAUUUUUCUGAGUGACGAGGUUCACAGAAGACUAAAACCUUUGCUCAACCUCGAAACUGCAAUGGAUUUAUCAGGUCCGUCUGUAUGUGAUCCAGAGGAUUCCUCUUUACAUACAACGCCUCUCAAUUCGAUGUAAGGUCUUUGACUUUAUCUAUAAUAAUAGGUGUUUUCUACUCGAGGGGUGGGAAAUUAUUAAGUCCGUCACCCUUUUGUAUAUGCUCCAAAAUUACAUACCAAAUUUGUACAUUACCAACUGUGGUUUAGUGCCAUUCUUUUUGUAUACUAGCCUUUUCUUUUCCUGAUUUGUAAGUUUAUAUUCACUCUUCUCAUUCUUUAGGAGCUCUAACCUAGGCCCCAUAUUUUUCUUUUGUAUUACAUUAUUUCUAAGCUCUGUAGCCAAUGUAAAUUUGAGGGAACCCCAUAAGGAAAGCUUUUUUUCUUUCCUGUCCAGACAAGUGUCUAUUUGUUUAUUUUUUUACGUGUUACUGCUAAUUAUGUGGAUUGUAGAGUAAUGCUAGAUUCGUUAAUAACACGAUUUGAUGUGAUUUAACUAGUCACCGGUUCAUAUCGUAUGUAUGACAAAUUGUUGAUUAAUUUGCAUCAUAUAAGACAUGGAUG